AUGGCGGCCCUGCUGCUGGCUUGUGCCGACUGCUCAGGCGAGUGGGGAUUGUCUCCAUUGCUGCCGCCACUGCAGCUGGCUCCCAGCAGAGUACCGCCGCGUGCGGCCGGCGACGCCACAGGCGUCAACCCCCUAGUGACCCCUGCGGCUUUGGGCCCCCGGCUGAUUGCAGGCGCCUCUGACUCCUACCUGCCCAAGGCCAUGAUGGGCAGGAGGCGACUUAAUGGAGGCCCCACCUGCUCCUACGACUGCACCGACAACUGUGCCGUCUGCACUGGCGCCACCCGCUACACCGACCCCAUCACCAGCGAGACCAGCCUGCGCAUCACCAUCGACGUGGCCGGCUGCAAGGGCUCCGCCCUCAGCUGGAUGUGCUGCCGCAGCUCAACCGCCGACGGCAUCGCCCCUCUGGACUGCUCCCUGGUCGACGGCUCCUGCAACAACGGCACCGCACCCGAGGACCUGUACGAACUAGGCAAGAACAAGCGCAACGAAGUAACAUCUGCUGUCUACUCGGUGCCUACCAACGCCACCAUGCUGACCAUCCAGACCCACGAUGGCAAGGCUGGCGGCUUUGUCGAUUGCACUGAGGAGGGGCGCUGCUGCGGCGGGGCGGCCACCAGCUGCUCGGGCGAGGGCACGCCUUUUGUGAGUGGCGUGUGCGAGAACGUCAUCGACCUGGCGACGUGCCCCCGAGGCCCCGGCACCGGCACCCCCAACGGCUGCACCAGCGACGGCCAAUGCUCCUAUUUGGCGCUCAACCGCCCCUGCGUGGAAGGCUUCUGCUCCGCCGGCACCUGCGCCACCCGGCCCGCGGCCCGCGGCACCGUCUGCCGGGAUGCUCCUGACGUCUGUGCCCUGCCCGCUGUGUGCACUGGCGACUCGCUGGAGUGCCCCGCCAACCCCUUUGCCGACGCCACCACCAUCUGCCGUCCCGCCGCUGGCGCCUGUGAUUCGGCUGAAUUUUGCUCGGGGGAAGGUCCUGCCUGCCCAUCUGACACCUUCCUGCCCGAGGGGACUUUGUGCCGCGCCGCCAGCGGCGACUGCGAUCUUCCCGAGCUGUGUCGUGGCGAAGCCCAGUGUCCCGAAGAUGCCGUCGCCAACAGCUCAGUCGUGUGCCGCGCCCAGGCUGGCCUCUGUGAUAUCGAGGAGACGUGUGACGGAAUUGGCAAAGCCUGCCCCGAGGACAUCGUGCUGCCCAAGGACACGGUGUGCCGGGAAGCCGCAGGUGUGUGCGAUCAGGAAGAAGUUUGUGAUGGAGUUGCGGCCACCUGCGGCCCAGACGCUUUCAAGCCCUCGACCCACGUCUGCAGGGCGGCCGCGGACAAGUGUGACAAACCCGAACUGUGCACCGGAGCCUCUGUGAGCUGCCCCGGUGAUCAGGUCUUGCGAAACUUUACCAAGGCCUUCAAGUGCGGCAAGGCGUGCUACGUCUGUGGCGUGCCUGAUGAGCUGACCUAUGAACAGAAGCUGGGCGAUUUGACGCAGCUGCGCAACACCUGGGCGCUGGGAGGCUGCAAUAUGGGUAGCUGCGAAGUGAUCUCCUACUUUUUGAAGGACACCCCUGCAUACGCCACAUACUGCACCUCCGCCCCCGUGCCGCUCAUCUGUCCCAACAACAAGGCCCUGAGCAACAUCGAGCAUGCGGUAUGCGAUGGGUCGACAGGGACCUGGACAUGCGUCGCUAAGCAGGAGGCCCUCUUCUCUGGGCCGGUGUCCCCGCCCUGGUGA